AUCAACCGUAAGAAAAAACAUUGAAUAAUUAAUAGAAACAUAAACAAAAAGGAGAGUCCUUUUAAUUCGAUCGCACUUAAACAUGUGGGAACCAAGUACGUGGUAUCCACUCAAACUGGCUCAUAAUUACUCCAGAAUCCAAGAAAAAAGGUUUCAUAUUAGCUUUAACAUUUUACCAAAAAAAAAGGGUUUCAUAAUCUCGUGGGAUUAUUCACUUCUACCUGCAUCUCUCUGAUGGUACAUAGAUAAUAUAUUAAUAUAUAUAAAUACGCACUCUUCUUUCACCGACCUCCGACACGAAAAGGCAGGUCCUUUUUGUGUGUUUCUGUCAAUUCCACUACUUAACCAUAAAUGUUAUAAUGGGUUCUUCUUCUUCUUUUGCAGCUUUCUUUAUUUAUCUCUGUUUCUUGGUGGGGUUUGAGUUGUUUCAUGACUCAUUCAUUCUCUGUACAAAACCUAGUGGUGGCCAAUGCAAAAAGCCCUGUUGUUUCCACUUUCUUGAUUUAGAAGGAACAAAAAAAUGGCUAGAGUUAUGCUGGUGAACUUUGGGUUUUUAUUACUAGUGAUGAUCUCUUUUGGGUUUCUGUCAAACAUUUUGGGACAACAACAAGACGAUGCUGGUGAUGAUGAUGAUGAUGAUACUGCUGUUUACAUUGUCACACUUAAACAACCUCCUUUUGUUCAUCUCUUUGAGGAAGAAGAGCUUAAACAGAUUAGACAUAGACACCAAAGUCCUAUGCAUGGCCACACUUCUAAAUUCAAACCAAAAUUACAACCAAGAAACAUUUCCAGGAAACGUCAUGGGAGGGGGAGGCCAAAAAGACCACCAUCUAUUGCUCAAACUCAUGAUUCUUUCUUGAGAAAGACAUUAAAAGGAGAAAAAUAUAUAAAGCUUUAUAGCUACAAUUAUCUAAUCAAUGGAUUUGCCGUCUUUGUUAGCUCACAACAGGCUGAGAAGCUUUCAAUGAGAAAAGAAGUAGCAAACAUAGUGUUGGACUUCUCUGUUAGGACAGCAACAACAUAUACUCCACAGUUUAUGGGUUUACCAGAAGGAGCAUGGGUCAAAGAAGGUGGAUUUGAGACUGCUGGAGAAGGAAUAGUUAUCGGAUUUAUCGAUACUGGAAUCGAUCCGAAUCAUCCUAGUUUCAGUGACAAAGACAUUAACUCUCAGCAUUCAUAUCCAACCCCUAAGCAUUUCUCAGGUGUUUGUGAAGUCACCCCAGAUUUUCCAUCAGGGUCUUGCAAUAAAAAGCUGGUUGGAGCUAGGCAUUUCGUGCAAUCGGCUAUAACUAGAGGAACCUUUAACUCAUCUGAAGAUUAUGCUUCUCCAUUCGAUGGAGAUGGUCAUGGAACACACACAGCUUCGAUUGCUGCUGGUAACCAUGGAGUUCCAGUGAUAGUUUCUAACCAUAGCUUUGGAAAUGCUAGUGGAAUCGCUCCUCGUGCGCAAAUUUCUGUUUACAAGGCAUUGUACAAGAGUUUUGGAGGCUUUGCUGCAGAUGUUGUUGCAGCUAUAGAUCAGGCAGCUCAAGAUGGAGUAGAUAUAUUAAGUUUAUCGAUUACACCGAACCGAAAACCUCCUGGUGUUGCCACUUUCUUCAACCCUAUAGACAUGGCCAUACUUUCCGCUGUAAAAACCGGAAUUUUUGUAGUCCAAGCUGCAGGAAACACCGGUCCAUCGCCUAAAAGCAUGUCAUCUUUUAGUCCUUGGAUUUUCACAGUUGGUGCUUCUUCUCAUGAUAGAGUUUAUUCCAACUCCAUAACGCUAGGCAACAAUGUAACUAUUCCAGGCGUAGGAUUCUCAAGUCCUACUGAUGAUGGAAAGAUGUACAAGAUGGUCUCAGCUUUUCAUGCCUUGAACAAUAGCACUUCUGUAGAUACAGACAUGUAUCUAGGUGAAUGUCAAGAUUAUGAAAAUUACAAUCAAGAACUUGUCUCCGAGAAUCUCUUGAUGUGUAGCUACUCUGUUCGUUUCGUUCUUGGCCUUUCGACUAUAAAACAAGCUUUAGAUGUUGCCAAGAAUCUAUCAGCAGUUGGUGUUGUGUUCUAUAUGGACCCCUAUGUUCUUGGUUUUCAGAUCAAUCCAACGCCAAUGGACAUGCCUGGAAUCAUAAUUCCAUCUGCAGAAGAUUCAAAGAUUUUACUUAAAUACUAUAACUCUUCUAUUGAGAGAGAUGCAACCACCAACGAGAUUGUUGAAUUUGGAGCAGUUGCAGCCAUUGAAGGCGGUUUAAAUGCUAACUUCAGUAACAAAGCUCCUAUGGUUAUGUAUUACUCAGCAAGAGGACCUGAUCCAGAAGACAACUCCUUUAACGACGCUGACAUAUUGAAACCUAACCUCGUAGCUCCUGGAAACUCGAUUUGGGGUGCUUGGAGUUCCGCUUCCAUUGAUUCAACCGAGUUUGAAGGUGAGAAAUUUGCAAUGAUGUCUGGUACAAGCAUGGCUGCUCCUCAUGUAGCUGGUGUGGCUGCACUAAUCAAACAAACCUACCCGAACUUUAGUCCUUCGGCAAUCGCAUCUGCACUUUCAACAACCGCUCUUCUUAAUGAUAACAGAGGAGGUCCCAUUAUGGCUCAGCGUACUUAUGCCAAUCCUGAUCAAAGCCUCCUUAACGCAACACCGUUUGAUAUGGGAAGCGGUUUCGUGAACGCCACGGCAGCUUUAGACCCUGGUUUAAUAUUUGAUACUAGUAAGUUUAUAUUCAAAAAUUGGAUCACUCAACUAAAUUUUUUCUUUUACCAAUUUCAUCAAAAUGUAUUAUUUGUAGGUUUUGAAGACUAUAUGUCAUUUCUUUGUGGAAUCAAUGGCUCAGAUUCAGUGGUGCUUAACUACACUGGGAUUGAUUGUUCUUCUAGCAACAGCUCAACAAUUAGCGGUUUUGAUCUCAACUUGCCAUCAAUCACAGUAUCAACCCUUAAUGGCAAGCAAGUUUUCAAAAGGUCGGUGAGAAACAUAGCUGGAAAUGAGACAUACAAUGUCGGCUGGAGUCCUCCUUAUGGUGUUUCAAUGAAGGUAUCUCCUUCUCUGUUCUCUAUAGGAACGGGAGAAACUCAAGUACUAAGCAUAACCCUCGAGCCGACAAAGAACAGUUCAAGUUCUAGUUUCGGAAGAAUAGGUUUGUUUGGAAAGGCAGGACACGUUGUGAAUAUUCCUGUAUCUGUCAUAGCUAAAAUCGUUUUGAGCUGAUUGAUAGAUAUAUAAUAUUUUCUUUCUCUUACCAUUCAAUUGUUAAAGAUACAAUUUCUUUAUUUUAAUGAAAAUGUAAAACCAUA